AAUCUUUUUUGUGGCAUAUGCAGGUAAAGUAUGGAUCUAAAAAACAAAUAGAUACAAAACGAAGUACAUCAGAGAAACAUAUAAGCCUGAAUGUUCUGCAAAAAUAUUUUGCAGGAAGCCUCAAGGAUGCUGCAAAGAGCCUAGGAGUUUGCCCCACCACAUUGAAAAGGAUUUGUAGACAGCAAGGAAUUUCAAGAUGGCCAUCUCGCAAGAUAAAGAAGGUCAAUCAUUCAUUAAAGAAGAUCCAGAGUGUUAUAAACUCUGUACAAGGAGUUGAGGGAACAUUACAAUAUGACCCUAAAACUGGAUGUCUUGUAGCCGCUGUGACACCAGAAAAAUUGUCAACUAUAGCUCCAGAAUCAAUAGCAAUGAGUGCUGAUGUACCUUUUUCGUCUUCACCUGAGUGUAGAGAUAGGGAAUCAGAUGAGAAGCUGGAAUUGAAUAACAGAAAGGUCACUUGUCAAAGAGUGAAUAUUGUAAGCAAAUUGAACUUACCAAACGCAUAUCACCCCGAAACAAAUGAAGUACACCUUCCAAAUGAUUUCAAUACUAAGUCAAAGGUGACUUUUUCCAAUGUUGAGAUUUCCAGAUACGAUUAUAGAAAAGGUUCGGGUUCAUUGUCAUUAAGUUCUGAAGAUGUAAAUCUUAAGGGAAGAGAUGGAUGCAUCCAAUAUUCUACCGACAAAAGCGGGUUUCAAAGCUUCGUGCCAAUGAGCUCAGAUUCAGUGGGAAAGGAGGAUGAGAUGGAUGUUAAAAGUGGUAUUAACGUAGGGAGGGAACAUAGCCAUUCUUCUUUUUCAAGUAUGACUGAUUCUUCGAAUGAGAGCACUUCCUGCUGCCCAAUUUUCAAAGAAAGCUCAAAAAAUGAAUCAUUUGUUUCUUAUAAAGGUCCAGCCUAUACUGUAAAGGCUACUUAUAAAGCUGACACAGUAAGGUUUAAACUAUUACCAUCAAUGGGCUGCCUUCACUUGUAUGAGGAGGUUGGAAAGAGAUUCAAACUGUCUAUUGGGACAUUCCAGCUCAAAUAUUUGGAUGAUGAGGAAGAGUGGAUCAUGUUGACAACUGACUCUGAUUUGAAAGAAUGUAUUGAAGUCUUGGAAUCUAUUGCUUCUCAAAGUAUGAAGCUUCAAGUUCGGGAUGUGCCAUUUACAGUUGUUAGCUCACCAGCAAUAGCUGCUUCUCAAUGGAUCACUGAGGAUCCAGAAAGAUGAAACCAGGAACUUGAACUUAGUUUUCUUUUGUACUAAUGACUGAAGCCUGCUGGGCAAAUCUUUUGGCUAUCAAAUUUAGAUAAAUAAAAGGAAUUGAGUUAUACUUUAUAAAUCCACAUACUGUAAAUUUUAAAAAACAAAUGUACUAGGCGGAGGCUACGUAGUGAAAGUCUGUUUGCCUAGUUUCUGACGUUGUUACAUCCUUCUAGCGUUUUGCUUAUCAGAGGUUUGUAAAGUGUACUUUGUAACAUAGUUUUCUCUUUCAAAGGUUUUUAAAUUUAGUUGAUCUA